GCUGCGACCAUAGAGAUGGAGACUACAGCACUGCGGGAAUAACAUGUCGAGCCCCUCUCUCGGAGGGAAUGCGUCCAGGUGACUAGUUUCGGCAUCAGGAACGUUAUUCGUGACGGCGAUGAUCUGCAGGAGGAGUUCGGACGUGCAGCCACCAGCGGUUUAAAACCCGUCAACCUUGACAGAGAGGGGGAGGUCGGUUGGACCAACCGGAAUUCCUCGGUCUCGCCCGGCAUCUGCAGUGCAAAACCGGAUCUCACGUCCAACCUGGACUUUUUUUUUUUUUUUUUUUUUUUUUUCCUUUUCCUUGGACUGCAUUCACGAUGAUCUGAGCGUGACUUCUCGGUGCUGAGUAGAGGCAAUCCUCCUCCUUUCUCUCUCUCUACCCCCCCUCCCUCCCUGCCUCUCUCUUCUUUUUUGCGGGUUCAGCACCGGCUGCCCAGACAGAACAGAAAGCCCCCCUCUUUUUUUAUUUUAUUAUUUAUUUUUUUGUUGGGGGGAAGCUGGCAGCGAUGGGACGACAGCGCUUCAGCACCACGGAGAGCCGGCUGCUGCUGCUGCUCACUGUUUUUGGUGUGCUGGCUCUGUCCGCGGUGCUGGCGGAGCAGGAGGGGGAGAACCUGUCCGGCCUCUCCAACAACCCGGACAAAGCCAUAUUCGCGGUCCGGGAAAACGGCACGACGUGCCUGAUGGUGGAAUUCGCCGUGAGAUUCCUGGUGCCAUACGACGUCCUGGCGCUCAAUGGGAUAGACUUGAUCACAGAACAAGCGGCUUUCACUUUGCCCAGAAACGCAGAAAUCGAGGGGAAAUGUGGGGAUACGGAGUCAGAGAUCCAUAUCUCCUGGAAGAAUAACGCCUACGUCCUCCGCAUUUUCUUCUCCAAGGAGGUCCGUGACAAGGGGAUCGAGGUGUGGAAGAUUAGCAAAGUCCAGUUCGUGUACGACACCUCGGAGACAUCGCAUUUCAUCAACGCUUACAACCCUGGAAAGCACACCGCCAGCACCCACCGGCUCUCGGCCCUGGUGACCCCCGCCGGGCGCUCCUACUUGUGCGCGGCUCAGCAGACCCUCACCCUCAUCUCCAGUGACCACCAGAAGGGCAUCACAAUCUCCAUGUACGAGGUCCAGAUGCAGCCCUUCGACAUCGCCUCUGACUUCAUGUUCAGCGAACCCUAUAAGUGCAUCACGGACCAGCGGGAACGCCUGGAGGAGACCCUCCCCCUCGUCCUGGGCGUCAUCUUGGGUCUAAUAAUCAUCAUCACCGUCACCAUCUACCACUUCCACCUGAAGCUGACAGCGGCUCAGCCGCAGCUCCCCCGAGAUCGCUCCAUGUACAAGAACAUGUAGCCAGCAGCUCCCUCAGACUCGCCCCAUCGACGUCCCGGGCCUCAAACACCACAGAGGGUUGUGUCCCUACGCCGAACUGAAUCUCAGAUUGAUGAAUGCGAGUGGCCCCCCCUGCCCGCCGUAGCUCUAACAGCCUAAACACGAGCCAACAGGACAGCCUGGGGCUGAGCAUGGGUGUAGUUGGAAGGUGAACCCAUCCAGAUGUAAUUAACAUAGCUGCUGAAAUCAAGCUUGAUGUCACAAGUAGUCUGCAUUGAAAGUCUUGUAAUAUUCAUGAAAUUAACAUUUUCCAGUUUUCCAUUUCCCCUUCUUGCGUCACUGGAGGCCUGUCCAUCAUUUGAGCUGCAUUUGCUCCAGUUUGUCUUCUAAAUUUAUGACAUUUCCAAGCUUUUGCUGUGACCAACUUCUCUCUCUCUCUCUCUGAAACUGCUGCUGAAUGACUUCAUUGGCAUUUGUUGUUUCUCAAUCAGCUAACUUUGAUAUAUUUUUGUUCGGCCCUUUUAUUCACAUUUUGAAUGCGAGCCAUAGUGUUGUCAGUGGGCAGUCUUGUAGCGUAACUGUGCAGUUUUUUUCUCCUACGUUGACAAGACCUUUUCUCCACACCGAUAUAUAUGGAACAUAGCAAAAGAAAAAAAAAAUAUAUAUAAAACACUGGACACUAAUGACAUACUUAACAGAGUUUAUCAAAGAGAGUGUUUAUGGAAAAGCAUAGAUGUUAUGAAGCAAAAUAUCGGUAUUAAAUAUUUUCAGAGUAAAAGUCUAUGCAUAAACCUCUGCUGAUGCAAUCGUGUGCAGUGUUCUUGUUCUGUUUGAAAUAAAUUGCUGGAUACACCCUUGGCAAGUUAUUUCCAUUAUUAAAGCAUUUA